GGAUAUGCUGACGUUGACACAAAAGGUGGGGUCUCUCAGACUAUAAACAACAUGGACACGUUAUUCCAAUCUUACUUUGAUGCUCAUUCAUUUAACAUAUUUGUAUGCAUCCGUUUUCAACUCUCAAAGACUGUGGUGGAGAAUCCAACAAUGCAGACCAUGGAUAUUGAGGACGACACGUCUCCCAACAAGCCCAGUGUUACAUUUUCAGCUAAUUUUCCAUGGUGGAAGAGACCCUCUGGAAUUGCUGCAGUGUGUCUCGGGCUGCUGUGUGUUCUCCUAUUGGCUGGGAUCAUAGGCUUGUUUGUCUACUAUGGCGUCAUUGAUCAUUACUACUCAACAGAGAGAGACCAACAGACCAGUUACAGCCUUCUGACUAAAGAAGGAGAUCAGCAACCAACCAGUUAUAAUAACUUGACUAAAGAGGGACAACAGCUACAGACAGGUUACAACACCCUGACUAAAGAGAGAGACCAGCUACAGAGCAGUUACAACAACCUGACUGAAGAGAGAGACGAGCUACAGACCAGUUACAACACCCUGACUAAAGAGAGAGACCAGCUACAGAGCAGUUACAACAACCUGACUGAAGAGAGAGACCAGCUACAGACCAGUUACAACACCCUGACUAAAGAGAGAGACCAGCUACAGACCAGUUACAACACCCUGACUAAAGAGAGAGACCAGAUACAGAGCAGUUACAACAACCUGACUGAAGAGAGAGACGAGCUACAUACCAGUUACAACACCCUGACUAAAGAGAGAGACCAGAUACAGAGCAGUUACAACAACCUGACUGAAGAGAGAGAUGAGCUACAGACCAGUUACAACACCCUGACUAAAGAGAGAGACCAGCUACAGAUCAGUUACAACACCCUGACUAAAGAGAGAGACCAGCUACAGACCAGUUACAACACCCUGACUAAAGAGAGAGACCAGCUACAGACCAGUUACAACACCCUGACUAAAAAGAGAGACCAGCUACAGAAUAGUCUCGCAACCAAAAUUAAGGAGAAAGACCAGUUGCAGAAUACUCUGAACACAAUAACUCAGGAAAGAGAUCAACUGCAGAAUAGUCUUAAUACAAAAACAAAGGAGAGAAACCAGCUACAGAGUAGCCUAAAUACCAGGACCACAGAGAGAGACCAGCUACAGAAUAGCCUAAAUACCAGGACCACAGAGAGAGACCAGCUACAGAAUAGCCUAAAUACCAGGACCACAGAGAGAGACCAGCUACAGAAUAGCCUAAAUACCAGGACAAAAGAGAGAGACCAGCUACAAAAUAGUCUCACCACAAGGACCGAAGACAGGGACAAGCAACAAAAUAGUCUUAAAGUCAUGACUGCUGAAAGGGAUCAAUUAAAAAAUAAUCUUAACUCAAGGACUAAAGAGAGAGACCAGUUACAGAAUAGUCUUAAUACCAAAACUAAGGACAGAGACCAGUUGCGGAAUACUCUCACCACAAUAACUCGGGAGAGAGACCAGUUGCAGAAUAGUCUAAAUAACAGGACCAUAGAGAGAGACCAGUUGCAGAAUAGUCUAAAUAACAGGACCAUAGAGAGAGACCAGUUACAGAAUCAUCUCAAUUCCACAACCACUGAAAUGGACAAGUUGAAGAAGAGUGUGGAGAAUAGAACUAUGGAGCGUGACCAACUACAGAAGGAGAGGGAAAGGCUGAACUGUAAUAUCACAGGGUCCUGUCCUGAAGGAUGGAGAAGGUUUGGCUGCAGCUGUUACUACCUCUCUACUGAGAGGAAAUCCUGGGAGGAGAGUAGACAGGACUGUCUGGAGAGAGGAGCAGAUCUGGUGAUCAUUAACAGUGAAGAGGAACAGACAUUCAUCAAUGGGUUUGAAUCAGUCACUUUUGCCUGGAUUGGUCUGACUGAUUCUGUUACUGAGGGGACCUGGAAAUGGGUGGACGGCACCCCACUGACCACAGCAAGCUAUUGGGGGAGAAGACAUCCUAAUGCUGGUACAUACCAUAACUGUGGGUUUCACUAUUACGUAUCAUCAGGCCAUGGAGUAUGGUGGAGUUUUGAUUGUUCCUCUUCACAACAGUGGAUCUGUGAGAAAUAGGCUUCUCUUAGGUACAUUCUCUACACUGCUGAUUAAUGAACUCUACUGUAUGUUAAUGAUGGUCUGAAAGACUGAUGGGAUUUGAUAGAAUGGUACUCUGAACUACACGUAGGAGAGAAACAUACAACAUACAGGACCUGAACAAGAGUCUCCCACGGGAGAAAACAACACCUUUAUUAGACAAAGAGGAAAUUCCCUUUUGGACCGAUAGCUGACACUGAUUUUCAACUCGCAGGCGGGACUACCACAUCACGUGACGAUGAACAACCAAUCAUGACCGACUCAUGUCUGCUACACAAGCUGACACACAAUCAUUUAUUCAUAUGUCAAACAAUGAUGUGUAGAAUAUAGAUAUCAUUCAAUAGCCACUGUCAAUCAAUUACUGUUAAGUUCUACAUUUCUAAAUACAUUUAAAAUGACUGUAUAUGUUUAUUAGUAAUACAGUGUCUGCUUCUUGUGCUUUUAUCAUUCCGUACUUAAACGUGUACUUCCUGCUUAUUCAAUAAAUAAUUUAAUCUAGAUUAAAGACA